AUGUUCAACUUUGGUAACUCUGGGGCCAAUGCGAACAGCACCACAAACAGUGGCUCGCUAUUUGGCAACAAGCCCCCAAGCUCGUCAUCAACAUUUUCGAAUAGCCUAAACAGUGGGGCUGGCCAAGGUCAAGCUACCGGAGGUCUUUUCGGUCAAGGGAACAACCAGCAGCAAAACCAAACAUCAAAUGGGCUUUUCGGGCAGUCAAAUACCGCAUCUAACGGAUCUGGAGGUGUUUUUGGCAGCAAGCCCACUGGUGGAUUAAGUUUUGGGCAGAGCUCAAAUCAAGCACAACAACCUGCUUCUCAGAAGCCAUCUCAAUCGGGGUCUUUAUUUGGAAACAGCGGCCAACAAAUGCCAAGCUCUAGCCAACAGCCGGCUGGCAGUAGCGGUACUGGCGGUCUUUUCGGAAACAGCGGUCAGCAGCAGACCAACAAUACGCCGGGCGGCCUGUUUGGCAACAAGCCGGCCGUGGGAACUUCAGGCGGUCUUUUUGGUACUGGCAGUCAGCCACAAACACAGCAAAAUCCCACCACUGGAUCUUUGUUUGGCACACAACCUCAACAACAACAACAACAACAACAGCAACAACAGGGUGGCUCAUUGUUUGGAAGCGCGCGGGCUAUCAACUCAACACAACCUUCCUUCGGCUGGUCGCAACCUGGCGCCAAUCAGCAAACGAAUCAACAACCUAACCAAUCACAGUUUCAACUUCAACAGCAGCAACAGCAGCAGCAAAUUCAACAGCAACAGCAGCAGAUGCAGUUACAACAGCAAUCCAACUACCCUCAGCAAAUUCAAGAGCAGAUUACUAAGUGUAAGGAGUCAUGGAAUCCGCAAUCCUCCAGGAGCAAGUUGAGAACCUUCUUUCACAACAAAGUGAAUGAAACCGAGGCGAUGUUGUACAACAAACCACCAGAGGUUUCUCAAGAGGAGUGGGAUGAAGCUUUAUUACAGAAGCCUUCUCCGAACGUAAUUCCUGUACAGGCUUUUGGAUUUGAUGAUUUAAACCAGCGCAACAUCCUUCAAAGAGAAAAUGUUGCACAAGCACGCAUGAUUCUGAGCCAAACCCUGGAAAAGCUUACUCAGCUCUCUCAAAAACAUGAUUUAGAGACUGCUUCGAGGAUUUUAAAGGCUCAAAGUAGGAACGUUAAGAUUCAACAAAGAAUAAUCAAGCUUGGGUCGAGCUUGGCAAUUCUGAAAAGCAAGGGCUUACCGCUCUCAGUUGGUGAAGAGAAUAUGUGGUCCAAAUACGAAAAGCUUCUCAAGCGCAGCAACGACCCUGCCGGUCUCGGCAAGAAUAACGAAUUAUGGGCAAGACUGUCGGUCUUGAAAGAGAGGUCGAAAACCAUUUCGGAUCAGCUGGAUAGUACGCUGGUAGUAAUAAGUGAAAACAGUGGAUCUGAUAAAAACUUGAAAAACUCCGGUAAGCAUAGUGACAGAAGAAUUGAUGAAGAGGCAGAGAAUAGAGUGAACAAAAUUGCAGAGAUAUUAAGCAAUCAACAGCGCGGAUUGUGUUAUCUACAAGACGUUCUUGAUAAAGACGAAGAGCUUAUCAACAAAUAUAUAAGUUAG